AUGUCCCCCAACCAAACGAACGUGUCCCCUGCGGCGGCAACUCAAGCCCCGAGCACUACAAACAACAAUGCGACAGACAACACCUCAGUAGAGAGACUCCUAGUCCCAGAGACCACCCAGAGAGACGCAUCCGAGGAAGCAGACGUAGUCAUACCUAACGAUCGAGCUAAUACCGCAGACAAGAACCCUACCAAGAGAAAAUCCAGAGCUGUUAAAGGCAAAGGUCGGGCACCGGCCCCAGCUGCAGCUAAAACAAGGAAAGGCUUGGCUCCCCCAAGCAAAGUACUCCCGAGCGAGGCCAGUUUACGCGAGACUGUCGGAGAAGAAGCUUUCCUGGGCCUAGGCGAUGAUGAAGAAGAGACGAGCGACUCAGAUGAAGACCACCCACUGUCCCAAGUCACAAUCAAGAUGAACCACAACGAGAUUCUUCGUAAGAACAUCGAGGUAGCUACCUUACGUGGAGACAUGGAGUCCGUCGAGAUGCUCGAAGGCUUGCUCCACGACGAGAUAGUAGAACAAUCACAACCCGAGAGAAACGCUAGACCUUUACCCAAGUUCAAGCGAAACCCAACAAAGACAGGCCCCAACCCCUACGCCAUCCCAGAAAGCAGCGCGGUAGCCCCCCUGGCGCUCUCCGUAGUAGCAAAAAAGCAACCCGACACACCGUCGAUACCCAUCACCCAAGGAGGAUUGACGUUCAUGGCCGGAGUGGUCACAAGCCACGCAGACAUCGGCUUUACGCCUUUUUUCAAUAAGAAUAUCAGGGAGCUUCGCUCUCCUCUCCCCUUGACCAUAUUCGACAAGGACUGGCAAGAGCGAGCACUCACUUACCACGUCGAGAAGCGUUCAAAAUCUGACGAUACUAGUAACGAAAGGGUGUCGAGAUACUCCGGCCUCCCAUACCCGAACGAGUGGUCCCAGACUUACGCGAGCUGGUCAAUGAACCACAAAACCUUUCACGAGCUCCUACGAGAUGUAUACGACCUAUCGGUAUUCGCAGGAUGGAUAACCAUCCACAAACAGCACGUCGACAACCUGCACAAACAUCACGGCUUCAUGCCAGCUUUCAGAUACAACAUGAUGACAAGGGCGAACACCUUUUCACAUCGAGUUUACGAUCGUAACGGGACAGAGAUGGUCCCAGACAUCUCGAAAUUCAAAACCGACAUUUGGCAAAUUUGCUACUCUCAAUCCCAGAAGCAUCAGGAGCUUGGAUUUACAGACAACCCUUACGCAAAAGGCGGGAUAAGAGAAAACUGGGACCCUCUAACCGGGGAGGAACGUAGAGCGAAACCAAACCACUCCUACAACCAACCUUUCCACUCAGCUAGCCACUACGGCGGACAACCCAGUCGCAACGAUAGCCGGAAUGAUAACCCUCACCCCUCAAACCACGCAGAGACGAGAGGGGAUGCUAGUUCGAGCAGAUCCUCUGGGUACUCAAACUCAGGCUUCAGGGGAGGCUCGAGCAGAGGUAGAGGCGGGGGUCGUAGCAACUGGAGCGGGCGCGGUAGUGACAACGUCACCGAGAAGAAAAGAAGCGGGUAG